ACAGUUGACAUGACACUUGAUGUGGCACGGAUUUUUGGACACAUGUUUGAAUUUCAGCUUUAGGUAUAAGAAAAAAGUAGAAAUCUAAAAAUCACUAGUAUCAAAAGUAACCAAAAAUGACAACCAUAGACCGGAAAGGAACCUUCAAGGUUGAAUAUCUGCAGGAGAUUGAGAAGGAUGUCCAAAAGCGUUGGGAAGAAGAGAAGAUAUUUGAAAUGGAGACUCCCACUGAUGGGAAAGAUCAUGAAAAAUUUAUGUGUACUUUUCCUUAUCCCUACAUGAAUGGAAGAUUGCAUUUGGGACACACAUUCUCACUCUCUAAGUGCGAGUUUGCAACAAGAUAUUACCGUCUUAAAGGUAGAAUGGUGCUCUUUCCAUUUGGUUUCCAUUGUACUGGGAUGCCAAUAAAGGCAUGUGCAGAUAAGUUGAAACGGGAAAUGGCUACAUAUGGUUGCCCACCUGUAUUUCCUGAUGAUCAGGAAACAGUCUCAAAAGAUGACAGUGACAUUGUUCCUAAAGACAAAAGUAAAGGAAAGAAAAGUAAGGCGGUUGCUAAGACAGGAGCUGCUAAGUUUCAGUGGCAGAUAAUGCAAAGUUUAGGUAUACCGGAAGAUGAAAUUAAAGAAUUUGCAAAUGAAAGCUAUUGGCUGGAAUAUUUCCCACCUCGGGCAGUUACUGAUUUAAAAAGAAUGGGCAUUCAUGUAGAUUGGAGGAGAAAAUUCAUUACAACUGAUGCUAAUCCAUUCUAUGAUUCAUUUGUAAGGUGGCAAUUUUGGCUUCUUAAAGAGCGUAAGAAGAUUAUGUAUGGUAAACGGUAUACAAUAUUCUCACCAUUGGAUAAGCAACCUUGUAUGGACCAUGAUCGCAGCACGGGUGAGGGUGCCGGACCCCAAGAGUACACUCUGAUCAAACUUGAGGUUGUUAAACCUCUUCCAGAAGUAUUAAAGUCAUUUGGAGACAAAAAUGUGAGUUUUGUUGCCGCUACACUUAGGCCUGAAACUAUGUAUGGUCAAACCAAUUGUUGGGUUCACCCUGAUAUCAGAUAUAUAGCAUUCGAAACUGUGAACGAUGGUGUAUUUAUAUGUACAAAACGUGCGGCCAGGAAUAUGUCCUACCAAGGUUUUACAGAAAAAGAUGGAGAGUUCAAGAUAGAAAUGGAGAUUCUAGGACAAGAUUUAUUGGGAAUCGCAUUAAAAUCGCCAUUGACUUGCUAUCCAAAAAUUUAUUCACUGCCAAUGUUAACUAUAAAAGAGGAUAAAGGUACUGGAAUUGUGACUAGCGUUCCGUCAGAUUCUCCUGAUGAUUAUGCAGCAUUAGUAGACCUUCAGAAAAAGCCAGCGUUUAGAGAAAAGUAUGGAAUACAAGAUGAUAUGAUACUGCCGUACAAACCAGUACCAAUUCUUGAAAUUCCAGAAUAUGGGAAUUUAUCGGCUGUGCAUGUUUACGAUAAACUGAAGAUACAAAGUCAGAAUGACAAGGAUAAGUUAAUACAAGCGAAAGAAAUGGUUUACCUAAAAGGUUUCUAUGAUGGAGUUCUUUUAGUGGGUGAAUACAAAGGAAGUAAGAUUCAGGAUGUUAAAAAGAACUUGCAAACAAAGUUGAUAAAAGAGAAUGGUGCUGUGGUGUACUAUGAACCUGAGAAGACGAUUAUUUCAAGGUCAGGUGAUGAGUGUGUUGUAGCUCUCUGUAAUCAAUGGUACCUUGUCUAUGGAGAAGAGCACUGGAAGGCGCAGGCAGAGAAAGCCUUAACAGCAAUCAACACUUACCAUGAUGAGGUCAGAAAAAAUUUCCAAGCAACACUCAAUUGGCUGCAUGAAUAUGCAUGCUCUAGGACUUAUGGCCUUGGUACGAAAUUACCCUGGGAUCAGCAAUGGGUGAUAGAGUCUUUAUCUGACUCCACUAUAUACAAUGCCUACUAUACUAUAUCUCACUUCCUGCAAGGAGGUACCUUUAAUGGCAGAGGAGAGAAUGCUCUUAAAAUUAAACCAGAAGAGAUGACCCCUGAGGUGUGGGAUUACAUAUUUUUCAAAGAUGCACCAGCACCAAAGGAAUCCAAGAUAUCUAAAGUUUCUUUAGACCUCAUGAAGAAGUCCUUCCAGUUUUGGUAUCCUGUCGAUCUCAGAGUGUCAGGCAAGGAUUUGAUACAAAAUCACUUGACUUACUACAUUUACAACCACUGUGCAGUCUGGCCUAACGAAGAAGACAAGUGGCCUAAAGGUAUAAGAGCCAAUGGUCACUUAAUGUUGAAUUCAGCUAAGAUGUCAAAGUCUGAAGGGAACUUCUUGACAUUAUCUGAAUCUAUAGAGAAGUUCAGUGCAGAUGGGAUGAGAUUAACUUUAGCUGAUGCUGGAGAUUCCGUGGAAGAUGCCAACUUUGUAGAGAGUACUGCAGAUGCAGCUAUACUAAGACUUUACACAUUCAUUGAAUGGGUUAAAGAAGUAAUUGCUGCUAAGUCCACACUACGGACAGGAACAUAUAAUUUCCAUGAUAAAGUGUUUGUAAGUGAAAUGAACGCAAAGAUCAAUGAAACUGAUGAGAAUUACAACAAAAUGUUAUUCAAAGAGGCUUUAAAGACUGGUUUCUUCGAGCUUCAGGCCGCGAGGGAUAAAUACAGGGAGUUGUGUUCUGACAGCUUGAUGCACGGGGAUGUGGUCACCCUGUACAUAGAAGUGCAGGCCAAACUCAUGUCGCCAAUAUGUCCACAUGUUGCGGAACAUGUUUGGAAACUACUGGGUAAUAAACAAAGUAUUCUCCACUCCCGCUGGCCAGUGGCGGGUGAGAUAGAUGAGGUGGCGAUGAAGGCCAGUGAAUAUCUGAUGGAGGCCGCGCAUUCUUUCCGCAUCUACUUGAAGAAUCAUUGCGCAGUCAAAAAGCCCAAGAAAGGAGAAACACCUAAACCAGAGAAGAAACCGAACAAGGCUGUCAUCUGGGUGGCUAAAGAAUAUCCUAAAUGGCAACACAUCAUAUUAAGCACUUUGAAAGAACUUAAUGGGCCAUCAGGUCUUCCGGACAACAAGACCAUAUCAAGCAAGUUGUCAGAAAUCCAGGAGCUGAAGAAGUAUAUGAAGCGCGUGAUGCCGUUCGUGCAAGCAACCAGAGAGAACGUAGAGCGCGUCGGCGACGCCGCCUUGUCUGUGGCGCUGCCUUUUGACGAGGCCGCCAUUUUGACUGACAAUAGACAAUAUUUACUUAGCACUUUGGAUUUAGAAACGAUCGAAGUGAAAUACACGGAUAGCGCGGACGCGCCCGAGAAGACGCGCGAGGACUGCGCGCCGGGCGCUCCGCACGUCACCUUCAGCGCGGAGCCCGGCCUCGCCGUCAGCUUCAUCAACCCUACCCCCAGGAACGGCCUCUUCACCGUCACCGUGUCUCUGGCUGAUGGCGACAAUAUAGACAAAGUCAAAAACAAAAUCGCCAAGGAGGUCAAACUUAUCAAAGAUAUCUCUGGUUUGAAGUUAUGGCGAUACAAGGACCCUGUGUUAGGUCCGAGGAAGAUCCCCGUGGCCGGAGAUCACGAGACCAGAUGUGUGGUACUACAGGACAGCGCUGCACUAACAAUUGACAUCACUAACAAUAAAAUUGAACUCGUGUCCAACGGUACCAAUGUGGAUAUUGGCUUACAAAUGUUGUACACGUACGAAAAGUGAAUUUUAUAAAUAAACUUAUUUAUUUCUUUUUAA